AUGGUCUUUAAGAGCUUCUCCCUCGCGCGUACGAGUCUUGCGAAAGGCUUCACUCACGGUUACGCCCAGUCUGUAGUCGCCGGCGUCUCCCAGAACAAUCCUCUCGCCACUCUCCAGCACGAUCGAUACCGCAAAGGUGUUAAGAACCAAUAUGCCUUUGCGUCCAACUCUACUACAAGCGCCAUAAAGGCGCUUGAUGCCGCACGCGCACACGAGCAUCAGGAUUCAGGCCUUGCUGCCUACUACACAGCAUGGCAGAAGACGCAAAAGACAGAAGACAAGGAGUGGUCGCAGUACCAGUUCCGUAAGCUCAUCGAGUACGACCCCAAGCAUGCAUCCAAGGAUGCUGCUGAGGCAAAAGAUACGGACACUGCGGUCGAAGAGGCGUCCGAGCUCGCCCCGGCGCGGGCUGGUGUCAGUCGCGCUUACAGCACCAGCCAGGUAGAAGACUUUAAGAAGGCCGUGGGCGAUGAGCAGGCAGAAGAGAUUGCACUUGCGCAGGUUGACGAGGCGAUUGCGCAAGAAGCGGCAAAAAUUAAGGCAGUGAACGAGGCAAUCAAGGGGGCCGAGAUACAACUAUCACCAGUGCAGGAGGUUCGGUCGGCAACCCCCGCGCAACUCCCGGACACCCUCAUCGGCUCAACGAAUCUUAGUUACACACCGCCAUCGUCUCUCCUCCCCAGUCCUUUCGAUGAGAUCGAGGAAUACACCGCUCAGCUGGAGCAGCUUGCAGCGAACCGCAAAUAUGUUGAAGUACCAGCCGUUUUCGAAGCCAUGCUUCUCGAUGGAAUCAAGCCUUCCGUUGCCGCGUACAACGCUCUUCUAUCUGCUGCGAUCAAUCUGCCCCGCGCAAAGCACCAGGUCGUGCCCAAGGCUCUUGAUGUCUACUCAGACAUGCUCCGUCGACGCGUCGCCCCCGAUACAGCGACUUACACAGCUCUCAUCGAGCUCCUCUCCGUGCGAUCGUUGGAGGUCGUUUCUAUGAGCCAGGUCUACGAAGAGAAGCGUCUCCGUUACGGAGGUCUAGAGGAGGAGGGCAAGUUCAUGCUGCAGUCGAAUGAAACCGACUACGCCAUCCUUACCGAAGACGGGUCGCUCUCUGUUGCUGUCAAGUUGUUCGACGCAGCCAUCAAGGUUGAAGCAGGCCGUAGUCUCUCCGAGAAGACCUACCGUUUGCUGGUCACUGCUUGCGCAGAAGGCGAGCGCGUGGAGGAUAUGGUUCGAAUCUACUCGCACAUGGAGUCGCGUAAAGUGACGCCCGCUGCGGACAUGUUCGUGCCCAUGAUCCACGCUUUCGGUAAGUCUGGUGAUCUGAGAAGCGCUGUUGAGUGCUUUGACGAGUACAAGGCUCUUGCGGUCGCGAACGACAACGGCGAUGUACAUGUCGUCCGAAAGGACAAGGAUGUGUAUGCUGCUUUGAUUAGAGCUUAUGCCACCUGCGAUCGCAUGGACGGUGGUCAGAAGUUCUUGGCCAAGGUCGAGGCAGCACUCGCCACACCUGAAGACGUCACAUCUCUCCGCGACAUAGUCGGUCUGAAGGCUCUUCUGCCAACGUGGUUGAAGAACGGCUCGUUCCAGGAGGCAUACGCUUAUGCCACUGAGUCCUUGAGCCCCCAGGCCCAGCACAUCGCCAUGGCUGCUAUCUGCAUCAAGGCUGCCGACCGCGAUGUCAUGGAUGUCGCUACCGAAGCCUUCGAUGCUCUUCCCGCAGAGGUUGAUCUAGCCCGCCCCGCCAUGGCCAUGGGUGCUAUGCACACCCGCAAUGGAAACAUUGAGGCUGCUGAGAUAUUCUGGAGAAUGCUUGAGCUCUCGCCCACCAAGCCUGAUUUCAUCGAGCCCACUGCUAUGCACAGCAUUGCGCUCAUUGGUAGCGGUCAGGCUGAGCGCGGUCUACGCCAAGGUCGUCAGAUGUUCGAUCGCAUCCGCGACACACAGUCGGGCUCCCAGGCGAAGAUGGAGGUCGUCGAGCACAUCGACGAGGCUAUUGAGGUGAUAGGUCAGUUCAUGAUGAAGCGUGGCAUCUUCCUUCAGCCGCGGGCCAGCAUGGAGCUGAUGUGGACGAUGAUUGAGAACGGUGGCCUAGUCACCCCAGUUGCUCACCAUUUAUUAUCUGGAAUGGGACCUGAGGCCAUCGCUCAACUCAAUUUCGACGACGUCACGCUUCUGAUGCAGGUCCAAUCUGGAAUCAUUCUCCAGAGUGCCGAAGUCGACGCUGCUCACGCUGCUCGGUUCGCUCAUCUUCUCGAGGUCAUCACCACCACCGGCACGCCGGUAAAUAAGACCACAUCAGGCCUUGUUGAAAAGGCGCUUACUAGCCUCGAUCGAGGUGAUCUCCAGCAUCGAUGGUACAGCUACAAGCACCCAGCACCUGAGUCGAUGUACUCUCCUGCUACGUUUGCUGCUUAUCCAGCUCCGGUACCGGUCGCACCUGCAGCACCUACCUUCGAGGACCAGUACGACCCUUAUGCUGCGUCUACCGACAACAAGGGCUCUGUUGCCAUCACCGAGCUGCUCGAGAAAACCCACGGCCGUACUGCUUCUCACCUCAAUGAGGCGUUGAUGAAGUUCAAGAACAUGCGCCGGGCUGGUCGCCACCCUCGAUUCUUUACCUACGCUAAGCUUAUCACUGCCGCUGCGAAGGAGGAUCGCCUGAACUUGGCCCACGACAUCCUCAAUCUUGCCAAGCAGGAUGUUCCCCUCCUCCCCCAGUACCGCAUCGUACGCUACGGUUGGGUUACUAUCCUCGACGCUAUGGUUGCUGCUUGCCUUACUUGCGGUCAGCGCGACCUUGCAGGUCGAUACCACCAGGACUUGCUCGACAUGGGUGCUGCUCCUACCGCCAACACCUUUGGCCUCUACAUCACUACGCUCAAGGAGUCUACCAAAACUUUUGACGAGGCCACCGAGGCUGUCAAGAUCUUCCUGCGUGCUAAGGCUGAGGGUGUCGAGCCUUCAUCCUUCCUCUACAACGCUUUGAUCGGCAAGCUUGGAAAAGCUCGUCGCAUUGAUGACUGCCUCUUUUACUUCUCUGAGAUGCGCAACCUUGGCAUUCGACCAACUUCAGUCACAUACGGCACCAUCGUCAAUGCCCUUUGCCGCGUCAGCGACGAGAAGUUUGCUGAAGAGCUCUUCGAGGAGAUGGAGAGCAUGCCCAACUACAAGCCCCGGCCUGCCCCUUACCACAGCAUGAUGCAGUUUUUCCUGACCACCAAGCGUGACCGCAGCAAGGUUCUUGCCUACUACGAGCGCAUGCGAUCCAAGCGCAUCGAACCAACAACACACACCUACAAGCUCCUCAUCGACACCUACGCCACCCUUGAGCCCAUCGACAUGGACGCCGCCGAGUCUGUGCUGGAGCAAGUUCGCACUACAGGUGCUGUGCCAGAAGCAGUCCAUUACUCUUCUCUGAUCCACGCUAAAGGCUGUGUUGCGCACGACAUGGAGGGAGCGCGCCGUCUUUUCGACUCCGUGCUUGCCGAUACCCGCAUCCGCCCUCAGGCGUGUCUCUAUCAAGCGCUCUUUGAGUCUAUGGUUGCCAAUCACCAGAUCGGUAGCACCGAUGCUGUUCUUACAGACAUGCGUGCCCGCCGUGUUGAGAUGACGCCGUACAUUGCCAACUCGCUCAUCCACGGCUGGGCACUGGCGCAGGACAUCACGAAGGCAAAGGCCAUCUACGAGUCUGUUCCUGAGAGCAGGCGCGAGCCUAGCACUUACGAGGCCAUGACGCGUGCCUACAUGGCCGUCGAAGACCGUAUCGCUGCUAUGGCGGUCGUCAACGAGGGUCUGUCGCGCGGCUACCCAGCUGCAGUUGCUGGCAAGAUCCUUGAGCUUGUCGGCGGUGGCAGGGCGCCUGCUGAGCUUGCUGCGUAA